UUCUGGACUAUCGCAUUUAGUUGCAUAAUUUGGUGCUCCAUUAACGUUCGUUAGUUCGCCGUAACUUCUGAAAACAUUCCACUUUUAAAUAGCGGAUGAUCGUUUAUCGCGUAUAAAAUUAAUUUUACAAAAAUUUCAUACGACGAUUAUAUAAUCGAUAUUCUAACAAACGAUUGCAAAAAACAUUUUCGAAAUCAACGAACAAUCAAACAAGCUAUUUUUACGAUAAUAGUGAUAGAAAUCUUUCCUCGAAAUUGGAUUAUAUAGAAAAUAUGAUAACGACGAAGGUUGAGAUUCAAUCGGAAUAAUUUGUUCGUAGAUAAAAAUGACGGAAAUGUAGCCUAAAAUGUGUUUAUCGACGUUCAAACGAUCCCUCCGUUGUGAACGUCGAAGAUUGGUUAGGGCGCAUGCGCGAGUCAAUUCCUAGUAGCGCGGCUUGCUCGACCAAUCAGGCGAUAGCCUUAACGCCAUCGUUAACCAAUGAGAGAAUUGUUUGGUGACGACGAUACUAUUUAUAGCGCGAUGAGUCAUAGGAUACAAGGUAGUCGCUUUAGUUGGGUUUUCACAAGUUGCCAUAGACAUAGCAUGGUACGGGGAUAACACUUUGUGUAGUGUCAGUUGCGCGCACACGCUUCGUAUCUUUUGGUUAGAUCGUACUAUAGCUCUGACACGUGCGUACGCGUAGGUGUUGCCCGUUUUUCUUUCGACGUGUUGAAAACGUCGUGCAUUUGCUUUUGCACCCUUGCACACGUUAAGAAUGACUCAUUAUUUUGUGCUACGUUCUUUCGAUCAGCUUUAGCUUGUCAACGGAGGGAAGGAAAAUAUAAGAAAGAAGGAAAAAGGGAGCGAGAGAGAGAGAGAGAGAGAGAAAGAAAGAAAAGAGAGGGGGGAGAGAGAGAGAGAGAGAUGCAUCCACAAUCCACGCCCCACAGUGACGUAUGAAAGAGUGGGGGUAAAGCGACUACCGAAGAAAACAUCGAAGAUAACGCGCGUAUGCGGAAUUGGAAUGAAUAUUACAUUCGAUAUUUAUAAUAAGCAAGUAUAUAAGAUAUUAUAUACGCAUGAUACAACAUGCAUAGUCGGAUUAAAAGGGAAUUUGUCUUUGGAUACCGUUGUAAUGUUAUGUAACUUAAGCCCUUGCGUCAGAAUAUAGGGAAUCUUAAUAUUCAGAAAAUUUUCAACGCUCUAGACGGAUUAUUUUUCUCUUGAACCGGAUCUAGACUCUCUUCCUUACGGCGUAAAAACAUCGAACGAAAGACGCGCUUUGAAUUCGUGAUUCACCGAAGUGUCGAGCGAGCGUGUAGGAAAAGUGAGAGUAAGAGAGAGAGAGAGAGAGAGAGAGAGAGAGAGAGAGAGAGAGAGAGAAAACAGAUACUGCACAGAAAAGAGAAGAGAGGGAAGACAACGAGAGAUAGAGCACGCGUAUAUGCUUGAAAGAGCGAGAGAAUAAGAAAAGACGACCUUCGGAGUUGCCAUCAAAGAAAGACCAUUCUUCACGUUAUCGAUGGUACGAAAUUUAACAAUGGAUCAGGUAUUUAAUGAGGACACGACAGGCUCUUACGGAGUUAUAAAUCGUGAAAAUAACAUGGGUUUACGUAAACGUAAUCUCACGUUGGAUUUAAACAAUUGUCAGAGACAAGAGUUACAAGUUAAAAAACCAAGAUUGGGCCCGUUACCGACUACUUUUAAUAUUGCUCCGAUUUUAAGUUCCCCAGAUUUGAAUAUGCUUAAAUUGGGAUCGCCGGAAUUGGAGAAGUUGAUAAUCGAACAACAGGAUGGCAAUGGUGCCGACACCGAGGGCGUCGUCACAUCCUUGCCGACGCCAACGGCGCAAAUACUUUUUCCAAAAACGGUUACGGAAGCUCAAGAACUUUAUGCUCGUGGUUUUGUAGAUGCCCUAAACGAGCUACAUCACUCGGAUAGCUCCCAAGAACCUGGUAGCUUACACGGAGCUACUUACACGACUUUGGAGCCACCCGGUAGCGUGCAAAGCAUCGGAACGGAGUCCUCGGUGAGUCAGGGUCUCAUGCAAAUAAAGGACGAACCCCAAACGGUACCUAGCGUUUCUAGCUCGCCGCCUAUGUCACCGAUAGACAUGGAAAAUCAAGAAAGGAUUAAACUCGAAAGGAAGAGGCAACGAAAUCGCGUUGCCGCUUCCAAGUGUCGCAGGCGCAAACUCGAACGUAUUUCCAGGCUGGAGGACAAGGUCAAAGUUCUCAAGGGCGAGAACAGCGAAUUGAGCGCGGUCGUACACAAACUGCGGGAACACGUUUGCCGGCUUAAGGAACAGGUGAUGGAUCAUGUACAAUCCGGUUGUCAAAUUAUGACAGUUUCGGAACAAUUUUAAAAAAGGGACAUGUUUAUAUGGAAAUCGAUGCAAUAUAUAUAUAUAUGGGAGAAAUGAAAAAAAUUGCGUGCUUAUAUAUAAUUAUUUUCACAGCUGAAAAUUAAUCAUGCGUUGCGAUCAUUUUUUUUAAAGAAACAAAGAAAAGAGAGAGUCGCGUUCGGGAGCUUUCCCCUUUGAUCUUUAUUAAUAUUGCAUUUAUAAUCUGUUUGCUUAUGCGAAUGACUAAAUGAUCCAUUUAAAUAAUAUAUAUAUAUAUAUAUAUAUAUAUAUAUAUAUUAUAAGUGUAAUUAUAUAUAAUGAAUGUAAAUUUUUAUAUGCUAAAAUACGAUGUGCUUAAUAAGAAGCAACGAGACUUCCGAUACCUCAUAAAGAUUUAUAUUUUUGCGACUUAAGAGACUUUUACAAUUGUAGCCCAGAGAAAGUGAGAAGAAAGGAAUUCGAGGUCUUUUGUCUUACUAAUGCGUGCCAUUAUAUACAGUGUGCCUUCUAUGCAUAUUAUUAUUGCAUAGUAAAGGGAUGAGAUUUCAAGACUGUUGUUAUUCAUUCGUGCUUUUUUAAUAUAUUGUGGAAUAUAUAUUACAUGUGUAAUAAUAUUAUUAUUAUAGAUAACGAUAUUUUAAAGCUUGAAAAUCAUCGACGAUGUAACACUUCUAAUCAAAUAAUGAAUAUAUUGAUUAUACAUCAAUUAAAUUUAGCCAAGAAAAGCAAGAAAAGGAGGAAAGGAAAAAUGAAAAGAAAAAAAAAGAGGAAGAAAAAAAUGAUGGUACUAUAAAAGAUGAAAGUAACAAAUUAAUUGUGAUUUAGUAAAUAAGCUAAAAACCCAAUGUUCAAAUUGGGACAUAGAAGUAUGGUGCUAAAACGAAUAGAGCAUUUGCAACAAAACAAUAAUGAAUAAAAUAUUACUAUCGAAAUA